AUGUCUGACUACUACGAUGCCUGGUCUGCCAACAAGAGGAAAAAGGGCUUGGGCGCUAAUGCAUCCUCGAGCAGGCUUAGACAACAACAGCAACAACAACACCAGCAACGGUCGUCCGCUCCUGCCACUACCACUACCACAACAACAACAACAUCAGUAACAGCAACAACAACAACCCCUUCCUACACGACAGCUACACUUACCUCCCCUGGGGCACAGUCAUCCCCACUCAUCCUUGAUCAACCUGCAUUGCCACUCAUAUCCAUCUCGCCUGCCUUGCCUCGCCCUACAACUACAACUACUACUAUCCCUUUUAAGGCAGAGCCUUCAGGGACAACACCAUCUCAUAAAACAACAAACACGACCCCAACAACCCCAAUUACAGCAACAGGGUCAACAAAAUCGCCGCGUCCAAGACCCAUCAGUGCGUGGAGGUUCUCGAGAACCAUCUUUGACUCUUCAUUACGCCCCUCCUCCAACGACGGAUCCUCUUCCUAUGUCACCGACUUUGACGAUGUGGACGAGGAUGACGACGAUGAAGAUGACGACGAUGAAGAUGACGACGAUGAAGAUGACGACGAUGAGGAUGAUGAAGCUGAGAGCGAUAGCAACAACAACAACAACGUGCCGAGUUAUCCCUUGCACGUCAGCGUCAUUCCGAGGAUACAAGGGCCAACGUCUUCAGGGACAUCAACGACAACAUCUACUGCGCCCAACUUCAGGAAUUCCUUAAAAUGGUCAGGAAGCGCCUCCGCCGCGCGACCUACGCCAGUUACUCAAGUUCAACAGCCCAGAGAGGUGGAGCAUGGACCCAUCAUUGAACAGCUCGACACCCCAGAUGAACGUCUUGCUGCUGUAUAUUCUCCAUAUACAGGUCUCGCCAAAUCUUCUCCCGCCCUAUCGGGGGAGGCCCUCUUGGCACCAGCGGAUCAUCCUCAGUCGACAACAACUUUCAACACGCGACUGUACCCUCAACCCAUCUUGCAACAUCUGAAUUACCUCCCCGACCAACAGGAGCAGACACUCUUGUCCCUUGCCAAAACUUCUGUAUCCGGCAAGAACCAACAGCAGGGGCGUCGCCCGCGGCCUUGGUCACAGGUCAUCUGGGAGUCACCUUUGUUGGGUGAGGGUUCACAGAGUAACCAGCAUCAGCAGCAAUCACAGCAGAGUCAACAGCGCGCUCGGGACCACUUGAUCACUGUUGGACUUCGACCAGAUACUGCCUACCCUGCUUUACGAAAGGACAUGUUCACACCUGUAUCUGUCACCAUGGAGAAGGACAAGGAACGCGUCUUGAGCAAAAGUGUCAGGAUCAACAUUGACGGGGAUGUCACAUCUACCACCUCAGUUGGGUCAAUCAUAUAUCCCAGGAUUCCGGCUCAGACAGGCGACAGCAGCAAUGGGUUGACUCCAAAACGCGAGUUGAGCCAUGGACGGAAAACGAUGAACAGGAUCUCGCUUGGAUCAGGAUUCUACGCCUCUAUCGAGCCCAUUUCACUCUCGGCUGCUACACCAUCGACACCCAAGACACGACGACAGCUUGUCCGGCUACCAGCGCGUCCACAGUCAGUCUUUAUCCCAUCUACGGCGCAUCAUUUCCCAAUUUCGGGGUCAGGCACCACGAGUGGGGCUGCGGCACAGCUUAGUGGUGGACGGUUGGGCGUAGGCUUGCCGACAGACCAGUUCAAACGGCAACGACACAAAAGUCAGCAGCUAGAGAUGAGGGGCGAUUCACCACGCGCGAUACCGAUCCCAUGGCAACAAUUGGCUCCAAUGGGCGCACAGGACAAUUCAAAGACCUUUCACGGCAUCGGAUCUGUCCCUGCCUCCCCGAUCCCGAUUCUCAAGAAAGGCGGCUCUCAAGAAAAUACUUUUGGAGCAACAACACUAUAUCCAUUGAACGAGGCACCAGAACCCGUGCGACUUCCUCCUGCAUCGACGCCUCGGAAAUGCAGUCUGUUCACCAAGCCAAAUGCGCCCUACAUGCACCACCAACAUCGGUCUUCUCAAUCGCAAGGACAGGGACUACCUUGUUUCAACCCAUCACCGCCAACAUCCUCACCGACAUCCUUUUCAUUCUCUUCGUCCUCACAACAGCGCAGUUCCUCUCAUACACCAUCCUGGUUUCUGCCGGCGCUGUUAGAUUCUUCCUCUUCCUACUUGUUCAAGAAGGCGCUUCCUUCGUCGACCACGUCUACCUCUACACCUUCCUCCUCGUCACCAAAACGCGCCACCUUUGGUCUUCAUCAUUCUGGUUCAACUCCCUCACCUACACGGAUCCUCAGCAGCAGUAACAACAACACUUCAUCCUACUCGCCUGACAGAACUCUCGCUUCAUCGUCUCAUUUGCAUUACCCUCGCCCGCAGCAUAAUUCAUAUCGCCAGUCACCUCUCCAGACCCGACAGUCUCUACCUAUUUCAGGAUCCUCUUCUUCCAGCAGCCAUUAUUACCACGAUUCGUCUAGUAGCAAUACUGGCAAUCAAGGAGACAGUCUUUUAAAAAAGUCACGUCGCAAGCUCACAGCUUCUUUAACGCCCACUUCCUUCUUCUCCAGCAUCACCAGCAGCAACAGCAUCACCAUUAAUGACACUAACGCCACCAGCAACAGCCAUCAGCAGCAGCACAGCAGCUCUGUACCAGUCUCCGGUAUUUCCAGCAACAACAGCAGCAACAAUUCGACAACAACAACCAAGACCUCACUUUGGAAGCGCGAUUCUUCUUCAGUCCUCUUCCCAUUCUCAUUGGUCUCUUACGAAUCUGGUGGUCUUCUGGGCGAGAUCAAGAACACGAGUACCGCCAUAUGCACUAACGCCCCCUCAUCCGUCGUGGCUCCUGGGACUCCACUCCCUCCAGGCAUGAUUGUCUCGACGGGAGUUCCACCUUUGAAGGAUCCUUCUUCGUCUUCUUCAGUCUCACCGUCGCCAACUUUGGGGCCAAUGAUUAUUCCAACUAUAUCGAUCAUAACGCCUCCUGCUUUUCCGAGAUCGCCUGGGUCAUCGAGUACUCCUGGCGGUAGUAGGAAUCAUGGCGAGUUUGAUAGUACGAGUAGUUCACCUACCAGACGAUCGCACCUGGCGUCUGAGGUUGUCCAUGGUGAGGUGCAUCAGAGUGGCGUGUCUGGAUAUGGAGAUGGCGAGGAUGGUUCUCAAGAUGACAGUGGUGACGGGGACCAUGGAAACGGCGAUUCGGAGGAAGACGAAGACGAGGACGAAGACGACGAAGGCAACGAGACCACCUGCUCCGACAAAGAGGAAAUGUACGGAGACAUAGGGCUGAAUGGUUCGAUCGUGAUCCAAAAGAGCCACGUGGCCGUCUACGAGAUCAAUGCCCGGUGGGGGUCGCGUCUAAUGAUGUUCCUGGUCACCUUGGGCGGGAUCUUUUGUGCGCUUAGCGGAGGGUUUUGUGCCGAGCACCAUUGUAAAGAUCUGCAGCUCUGUCUUGACGAUUAUCAAGACCAUGGCGACUGGUGUGGACCCUCUGGCGUGGAUGGUGCGCCUUACAUGCUGACGGUUGGGCUGUCGAUGUGCACGUUUGGAUUGUAUGCUAUGACCUAUCUGCGAUCGCCCAUUUCUCGUCUCGUCGGUUACAGUGAAAUCGACCAAUUCCUCUGA